AUGACACCAACUACAAAAGUAACAUGUGAUACAUCAAAUGUUGUCAAUAUUUCAAAGGUUCGAUUAAAUCAAGGCCAAUUAAAAAUAUUAUCAAAAGGUCUAAAAUUCGUUCCAACACCAACAACAAUUAAUACAGUUACAACUAUUGCAAAUUGUGAAACAGUAUUACAGUCAACGUCAGAAUUGAUAAAAGAUGCAGCUAUAUCAGAAGUAUCAAUAUUUAUUUAA